UGUAUAAGUCAUGAUUCUCCCAGAUGCGCUUUACUUUUCCCCGUCUCCAACAACCGCUUCGAUUAUGGAGAUCGCCGCGGCGGAGAGGAGGAGGAGGAAGCGUGAACCGGGCGACGCAGUGGGCGCGGAACGGCCGGCAGCUCGGCGACGCUCGGCGACGACGGAGGACGUCACGGACGACGAGGUCGAGGAGUUCUUCGCCAUCCUCAGCCGGAUGCGCGAGGCGACCCGGUUACUUGCCCCGAGCGCCGCCGCGGGCAGGGAGGCGGCGAAGGCGGAGUCCGCUCCGCGGUGGCGGCCGGCGUUCGAGCGCGAGGACUUCGAGGAGGCAGGCGCAGCAGAGUCCGCCUCGCGGCGGAGGGACCGGAGGAGCGUGGCGAGCGAGGGGUGGGAGAGAUCGAGGAAGGCGGCGGCGGAGAGGGAGGACGGCUACGACGAGGAGGAAAGGGUGGCGGAGAACGGAACGGCAGGGCGCUCCCUCGAUCUGAACGAGGAGCCAGCUGGCGAUGAGUGACGUGACUGAUUGCAUCGGUGAGUCUGCUUUCCGGUGUCUGCAUCGCUCGAAUGCAUAUCGAACUUAUGGAGUAAUUUUUCGUCAUGUAAUUUGUUUAAAUCCCGCGCAAUAUGUAAAAUUAAAAAAUCUAUGCAAAAUUGUCAUAAUUAUAAUCU